CAUUUAUUGUUACCGUCAUAAAAGUAACGCUGUUGGAUUGUGGGGAUUAAUAGAAAGAGUGUGAACGAGGAAAUUUUAUGAGACGCUGGUUGACGUGAUUCGAUCGUAACACUUUUGAAUUUUAGUUCAAUGUUCGGGGGUUGGUAGGUUACGUAACGUGCAGCUAUAGAAGGGUCGUCGAUGGUGCAGAAGUGAUACACUUUCAGUGUAACCCUGAAUCCUAUUUCUUCUUGGAAAUUAUAACAUCGACUUUCUUUCUUCGUAUGUCGAGGGGAUGAAAAGAGAAGUCAGCGACAAGGAAGCAAGGAAGUCAGUAAACAUAGACGACAGAAUUUUUUAAGAAAGAAGCAGCCUUAUUUCCGGCGUAAGAGAAGCGGCACGAGAGACUAAUCGACGAAGAGAAAAUGGAGAACGCAAAGGAGGAGACGAUAAACAUGCAGCUGAUCGGUUCCGAGAGUCCGUACAAAGUUAAUAAUGAAAUCGCCGGAAGUGGUAUAAAUGCAUCGGAAGUCCCAAUAUCGCCGACCACAAGCCCAGAAGAUUACGACCCUCACAAACAUCGAAAUAGGCCAAAUCCGACAUCGAACGCGGAGACUUUGAUACAUUUAUUAAAAGGAAGCCUGGGCACCGGAAUACUCGCGAUGCCAAACGCGUUCUGCAACAGCGGCCUCGUGACUGGUGUUAUAUCCACAGUGAUCAUAGGGGUGUUGUGCACUUAUUGUUUGCACGUACUAGUGAAAGCUCAGUACAGACUGUGUAAACGGUUAAGAGUUCCUAUAUUGAGUUAUCCACUGAGUAUGAAGCACGCUCUAGACCAAGGGCCUUGGUGUGUCCGAUGGUUCGCACCCUACGCGCCAGGACUCGUAGAUGGGUUCAUGAUUGUGUAUCAAUUGGGAAUAUGCUGCGUUUAUAUCGUAUUUGUAGCGUCGAAUAUCAAGCAGGUGGCAGACCAGUACUGGGAACCUUUGGAUGUUAAAACCCAUAUGCUGAUUUUAUUGCUACCGCUGAUUUUGAUCAAUUACGUUAGGAACCUCAAAUUACUGGCACCGUUCUCCACCUUGGCGAACGCAAUCACGUUCGUUGGACUGGCGAUGAUCUUAGUGUACAUGUUUGACGAUCUACCGUCGAUCAGCGAAAGGGAAAUGUUUGGCACACUGAAAAAUUUCUCACUCUACUUCGGCACCACGUUAUUCGCUCUGGAAGCUGUCGGAGUGAUAAUCGCACUGGAGAAUAAUAUGAAGACUCCACAAUAUUUUGGAGGGUAUUGUGGCGUUUUGAACAUAGGAAUGACGGUAAUCGUAGCCCUGUAUAUUCUUAUAGGAUUUUUCGGUUAUAUAAAAUACGGAUCUGACGCUAGUGGUAGCGUUACUUUUAAUCUACCUGCGGAUGAAGUAAUGGCGCAAAGUAUCAAAAUAAUGUUCGCGAUCGCCAUUUUUAUCACGCACGCCCUUCAAGGAUACGUUCCAGUUGAUAUUAUUUGGAACACUUAUCUCGAUCAAAAGAUACAGAAGAGGAAAAUCUUCUGGGAGUACGUCUGUCGGACUGUUAUCACUUUAGCCACAUUCACGUUGGCCAUCACAGUUCCCAGACUGGCCCUCUUCAUCUCCCUGUUCGGUGCUCUCUGUCUCUCCGCCCUUGGCAUCGCGUUCCCAGCGAUCAUCGAGAUCUGCGUGCUCUGGCCGAACCGAGACUUCGGGCCUUGCAUGAUCAUGUUCAUCAAAAACAUAUUUCUAAUCGUAUUCGGUCUCUUGGGCCUCGUGAUCGGCACGUACGUCAGCAUCGUCGAGAUAGUAAGGUCAUUCAAGUGAAGUUCGCGAGCGAUAUUUAGGCAGGCACGAUCGAAGGAAGGCAGACAGUUUGGUGAAGAGGUAGGAAAAGCAAAAGAGAAAGAGAGGCGAAGAAACGAAGAGUUUGGGAACGAGCUUGUUCGAGUAUCGAGGACGAAGUCACGGCUUCGUUACAAGUUCUAUAGCUUAAUGAGCGGCGCCUUUUAGGUAGACAGGUUAUCUCCAAUGCGGCUGGGAGUCGUUCUUAGUGAAAACAUUCGCGAGCAAUGCAUUCCGGAAAUGCUUCUCGUCCCGCGUGAUCGCCGCCAUUGUUAGAGCACUUAGGCCGAGUUUAGAUGUUUUAUUAAGAGUUAACGGCGAAGAGUCGUUCAGUGUUGGGUUAAAGAAAUAUCGUGGAAGUCGAUGGGGCUCUUCGACGUUCUUUCGAGUUUAAUUGGAAUUGGCGGUUGCUGAUGGAAUCUUAAUCUACGUGUUUAUUAACUAAAUGCGAGAUUAUACUGUUGAUUCCAUUUAGCUGAUUGUUAAGGGUUCUAGGUUCGAAUCGUGACGAAUGUUUGUAGAAAUUUUAAUAAUUGAUAAUUGAUGUUAUUAUAACGUAUAUUGCGUAUUGGGGGAGGAACGAGAUCGGAAGAGGGUUGUUCGAGAGACUCGAUGGAAAAGUGGUGGAUUUUUUCCAGAAAUGAUCAGAUGAAUAUAGAAAGUAAUUUAUGUAUAACGAUGAAUUCUCUUACUUUUGUUUAAAAGGUUCUUUUAUAUUAAUGUUUGAUUCUAUCUCUCGUAUAAUAUUCUCGAGUUGGAAAUUUUGUAACUUGAAGAACCUUUCGUCCGAGUCUCUAAUUUAAUAGAAUAUACUAUAUUUAAAUGUUUGUUUUCAAUUACGCUACGAACUUCUAAAGGAACGGAUCCAGGAUUAUUGGUAUAUCGUAAUCGGUACAUCGAAUUUCAGGUUUCAGGGUUUAGCCGUGUGCUCUUAACGCAUGAAAUUUGGCCUAGUUUGGAAUGGAGAAAAGUGCAGAUAUAUCAUUCCAGUCAAACAUAGUCCUUGAUGAAUUUGAAAAUUCCACAUUAUCGUUCAAAAGGCCUCUAAACAGUUUCUAAGCUUCCGAUACAAUAGUCGGAUUUUUUAUAUAGAUCAUGAAAAUAUCGAGCAAACAGUGAUUUAUAAAUCUGUUGAUAAAAGUAGCAAGAUUUCGGCUAUCUUACUAUUCUUCUGUAAGGCGAUUAAUUGUAUAAGUAAUGGAAAGGAAUGUUUCACAUAUGCAAAUUGAAAAAUUAUAAAAAGAAGUAUUGAUCUAUCAAUUAAAAAAUUGCUCGCGGAGACAAAGAUCAGUGAAAGAUAAUUAAUUAAUCAUAAAUAUAAAAAUGAACAGAGCCUUACACAGGGACACGACUUAUAUACAAAGUUUUCAACAAAUCUGAUCGUCAUAAACAAAAUCGUAGUAUUCACAGCUAUAUGAAUGGAAAAGCUUCCCUUUCGAACUAGAAGUAUAUUAGGUGAAACGAAUAUCGUCCAUUUAAAUAAUACACGCAAAGAAGAGUGCCCCAGUAACACGGUGCCUAUGUAAAUGAUUAAUACCUAGCUCACUUUAGUUGCACUGCCUGAGAGCAUAUUAAACAGAACAAAUGUGUUCUUUCAAUUGCUCUUAUAAUCCGAAAGUAUCUGAAUUAAUUACACGUAGAAAGCCAAGUAGACGAUCUAUAAGGUUUAACGUCGUAGAUGAUUAAGACGCGUAAUUUUACAAGCCAAUUCUAAUUCAAAGGUACAAUUAUUAACGAUUGUUUAUGAAAUUGAAUUGAAAUGUUCAACCAUUCGACUUCCAUUUUAUGUGCAAUUUUACACGUGGUCUGUUUCAAAAGUAACAUUGCUUCAUUCAUAAUUUAGAUUUGUUUUGGAAAAAUAUCUCGAACUUUUCAACUACUUUAAACAAAUUUCUAAGAACUUUGCAUUUUAUUUCUAAUACAAUUAAUUUGGUUUUUAAUUCAAAUUUUUGCAGAAAUUGAUCUCCAAUGUAAUUUUUUAACCGUUUAAAGAGAUCAAUCCUUAACAGUUGUCUGAUAAACUACGUAAUCUACCUCAGUAUUUUCAGAAAUUCUUUUUCUCGAAAAUUUCCGUAACUAUACUUUUAGAAAAGAUCGUUGAUCUAUAAUUCAAAUUUAUAAACAGAAAUAUCUCCGAGAAAUAUGUUUCCAAUUAUUUUAAAGAAAUAAAUCCUGUAUUCUAUCUGUGUAUUAAAAAAAAAAUCUUUUCCACAAAUUCUUCAAACUACAGAUGCAAUUUGAUUACUUUUGGAACAGGUUCGUGAUAUCAAGCGAUUGUUAGGUAAAAUCAUACGAUGCCUAACACUGAACAUAGAGCGCUCUUCGGAGGAAAAAGAAACCAACAAAAAAAAAAAAAAAAAAGAAGGAAAAUAAUAAAAAAAAAUGUGGAAGAACCGUCGCGAUAAACGAAAACCUGUGAUCGAAGAUUUUAUAGAGGAACGAACGUUGCAUUUCUACCGAAUUGUUGAUUGUCGUCGUUGAACGAGUUUACAGACGUACAUACGGGUGUUAAUUGUUCUUCAAGCACGAAACCGAAAUAUGUUUUUGUAUUUCGUUCAAGAGCUUUUCUUUCGUUCUCGAUGAUACGAGUACUUACGUUCAUUCGAAUGUGAUUCAAAUGUUGACGAAAAAAUUGGAUUCCUUAUAUAUCUCAUUAGAGAAAGCACAAGAUUGGGAAACCGUGCAAGAAUUUGUACUAGUAUUACUGAAGAAGUGACUAUAAAUAUCGAAAAAGUAACGUAUAGUCAUUGGUUAUAUACAUUGGCGACAAGAUUCGAUUCUUUGUAUUUUUGGUUGAAAAGGACAUUCAAUUAGAAAAAAGAUAGAAACUUGAGUUGAUAUUACUUACGAGGAUGCUGGUGACUAAAAAUCAGGAAAAUAGCGUAUAGUCACUGACUAUAGGCAUUAUCGAAAUUCGUAUUUUUAACCGAAAGGAGUUUUAAGUUGAAAAAGUUCGCAAGAAUUGAAAUUGGUAUUAAAUAGGAGAAAGACUGGUAUAGUCACGAAGUCUAUCCGAGCCAAAAAAUUUAAUUUUUAAUAUAAAAUGAUUUACAGUCACGACUAUAAAGUGAGGAAUCCUAUAUUUUUAUUGACUAUACGAUCUAGGUCAAAGAAACAUUUUUGUUGAACAUAAUGAUAUUUAUAAUUACGACUAUAAGACUUAUAAUUAUUGAUUACGAAGAAAAGUUUCCAUUUUAUAUCAUUUUAUAAUAAUCUGUUAUAUAAACAGGGUGUAAAAUAGGUAGUUAAACUAUGAUAUCGUAUCUUGCUCUUCCUAAGAAUCGACAACAUCAUAUGAACAUAUAUGUAGAGAUUCAAACAAACUUUCUUUACGAUGAGAAAAGUGAUAGUAAUACUAUGUCUGAAACCACGUGUGAAAUAAUGAUCUUUUUCCACGGUGAAAGCAAAGUUUAACUAACCUAUAUCGACUGCACGAAUCGAUUAUCUCCAAUCCGAGCCAAAAACUGGCAAAUUCUAAUCAUCUCGAAUUUGCCCAACCAUAAACAAUUAUGUACUCUCUUCAAACAAAAAAGAAGGUUAAGUAAUUGUUGAGCGAUAACUGAGAAUAAGAUUUUACACGCAAAUUACGUUAGAUUGCGGAUUUUUACGCAUUUAUGAUAAAUUUUAGGUGAAGAAAUUCACACAAUGCAUAUGAUAUACAUAAAGUAUUCAAAUUUGAAUACGCGUCAUAAUUUUCAGUGGACGAAAAAAUAUUACCAUGCCUUGAGCUUCUUUAGUUUUUUUUGUAAAUAUAUGAAAUUACAUAAAAAUUCGCAAUUUAAUUAUUCUACAGAAAUAUAGAGACAGAGAAUCUUGUCAACGUUUGAAUCACUUGUGCGCCAUGAUCGUACGCUAGGACGAAGAAAAACAACGAGACACAAACGGCCAACAAUAAUAAAUAAAAGAAGGAAGGUCUAACCUAUAAGCCGGCUGACGCCAGCAAUGAAAACCGUAGCUCAUCGUUAAUGCCUUAUUUUCUAUUCGUUCGUGGCGUUUGUAUAAUGCAUGAUACUUGCGGCUGCGAACCAAGCAGGCUGAAUCAAAGAUCAAAGUUUAAUAAGGAACAAACGUACCGUGAAAACGAGACGCACCGCUACUUCUGUACCAACGUCACUGCCGGGAACUCGCUCGGGUCAUCGCGCGUCAUGAUGACAUACACAUACAAUGACACGUUAAAUAACACACGAGUGAAAUUGAAAGACCGGUCGCGACCUCCUCGUUGAACGAUCCGCGAGAAACGACAUCUCGUUCGACAUUCACGCGGGAUCGACACGAAAAGUCCCGACGCCACACGGAUUCUCUCGAAUCCUCCUCUCCUCUCCUUCGCGCUUUCGACGGGGCUACAUACAAUCGACGAUCGCACAAUCGUUUUUACGACCUUCCGUUCGAUUUUCGUUCGCUGCCUCUGGGACGCUGACCGAAAACGAAAGCUUCGCUCGGUUUGCUUCUUUUCGAUAUUAAUCGAUCGUCAGUGACGGAUCUAAAAGCUUUUCUGGGUGAGGGAGUUGUUUAAAAAUACGUGAGCAUAUUUUUAAUCUUCUUUUGCAAGGUUUAAGAUCUGCUUGUAAUUUGUAUUUUAAUAUCUCUAUCUGAUACUGUAAACUAAAUAACUAAAUUUACAUUAACUGUAUACUUGACAAAUUUUCAGAAUGUGACACAAUAUUCUUACAUUUUAUUACUCUUAGGGGAUGCCCCUAUCGCUCACCUCUUGAUCCGCCAUUGUCGAUGGUAGCUACUAUCGAUUCUUUUUCUUCGAUUACUCUGGGCAAUAUCGUUGAUCGAUGAAACUGUUACAGAUGACACUGUUGCUGGUAUUAAACGUUUUUUUAAGUAUUAUUAUUAAAGAUUCUUUUCAAUUAUUUAAUUAUAAAUAAUAGAAGAAUAUUAAAUAUUCUUUUACUAUUAGGUUGUUGCAUAGUGAAUGAUGUUUCGAGAUAAUUUAAACAAGUUCAUAUUUUUGUACUGCAUAUUGUACUUUUGAAAACACUAAAAUUAAUUAUUUUAAAAAUAUCGUCAAACCAGUGAAAGAAAAUAGACUGAAGUCAUUUGAACAAGGUAAUACGUACACAAAAACAAUUGUUGAAUGUUUUAUGAUUUCGAAAUGGCCGAAAUAAGAGUUCAAAGUAAAGUGACAUUUAUUUGUUAUGCAACAGUCUGAUAUUAACCUCUUCGGUGCGAUCGUUGACUUUAGCUAUCAGAUACAAUCAUACUUAUAUAGUGACAAUAAUCGACCAUUUAUGACUAUCCUCGUCUAUAGUGUCAUAAUUAUAUAAGUAAGAUAAUAUUUAACUUUUCCUUUGCAUUAUUCCUGUUUUUAAUAUAUUUUUCUAUUAAUUCAAAACAAAUAGAAAAUUCUACACAGAACAAUAAUGUUUUAUUAAAAAAAACACGUGUUACCAAAAAGUAAUUAUACUAAAAUGACUAUCAUACCGAAGAGGUUAGAAAUACUUCCCUCUCAUUUCAGUAGCAUUUUAACGUUCGUUGCUUUGUUAAGUAUUUCAUAAUAGAUAAAUGUUGUAAUAUCGUUGUUAAUAAUCAAAUGUUAAUUAAAUAUUGAAUGGUUAGGAAUAAUGAUAUUAUAGUAUAUAGAGUUGCACGUUGGAAUGAGAACUGUAGUAAACUGAGAAAGAAUUGCAAAGGCGAUAUUGCUCGUUGCAUUAGACGUGUAUUAUAAUACGUAUAUUGUUAAUGGUUCCUGUUGAAAAUUUUCGAAGGGCAAAAAUGAAAAUCGAAAAUCGUACUUAUGGAUUUCUCACGAUUACGGUAACGAUUGGUGCAAUUAACUUCGCGUCUACGAAGCGUUUUUAAUCGUUAUUUGCCGACUGCGCCGACUUUUAAGUCAGGAAACGAUCGUCAAGAGUUGUAUGUUUCUAAAGAUUUUUUCUUAAAAGAUCUGCAUUUUUCGCGCAUAUUUUAAAUCUGAAGUUUUCUUUUUUUGUUUAUUUUUGGUCAUUAUAUUUCUGAUAUAAUAAACUCUCUAUUCUUA